AUGGGCGUGGGUUUGCACGCCUCCACUAUGCCGUGCAUGCAGACAGCACCCACGUAUGCAUAUGUGCACACAUAUGUGCACCGUUCCUCCUCCACAAACCAUGUGAGAGCUGGGAGGCAGUGCAGGAAGUGCUCUGCUUGCUCCUUCUUCUUGUGGAUCGAGGAUGAAACUCUGCACUUUAUGAUGGGCUCGGUGCUGAGCCUCUCCAGCAGGCAGAUGAGGGGGAAGAAUGGCACUGUCCCAGCCCCUCCUGCCUCCAGGCUGCUGGAAACUUGUGACAUAAUCAGAGCCUGGGUGGUGGACCUGCGUUGGGGGGGUGCUCCACAACCCCCUCCCCAGUCCUUUGCCCUACUGAGAGCCACUUGGGUCUCCUUUGCAGACGGGCUCUUUGUGACCGACUACUUCACCCGCACACCACGCAAGCUCAGCCCCUUCCGCUCCUUUGCCAGCAUCGAGCUCUUCCACUUCCACAUUCCUGAGGACACAGUCAUCGCCGUCUGGAACCUCAUCACCUUCAAGGAGCAAGGUGGCACCUUUGGGGAUCAAUGCCCAGACCGCAGCAUCACCGUGUAUUUCCGCUCAGGGGCUCCCUCUGUCAUUAACCCGCUGCACACGCACUUCCCCAGGGACACGGCCGUCCCUGGCUCCUUCGCACUGACCCUCACCUGGACCCUGCCCAACCGCACCACAGGCGUGUUCAAUGUCACCAGCCCACUGCCCGGGGACUGGUUUCUGGCUGCCCACCUGCCCAAAGAUGAGGGCAAGAUCUCCGUUAAGGGGCUUUACGAGGAGUGCCAGUAUCUCUUCCAGCCACAGCUCAUCGUGCAGCGCCUGGUGAACAUCGCUGUGCUGUACCCUGGUCAUGUCACCGAGCAGAGCUUGGCCCCCCACAACCGCUCCUGCCUCUACAAGGUCUUUGUGCCCAGCUACACAUCACGAGUGCUUGUGGAGGUGCUGCGGUGCCGUGGCGCCGAGGGCUGCCCACUCUGGCUGCGUGUGCGGGCCAAGGCUCCCCCCCUGCACAACUCGACAACCCUGGACUGCCGGGAGCACACUCCCUGCCAGCUGGCGCAGGACCUGCCCUUCUGGCAGCACUGGUACUACGUGCUGGUGGAGAAACACCCUGGGGUGCCGGGUACCAUCUCCUUUCAGGUCACCGUGCAGCUCACAGACUGUUCCCGACCCAGCCUGGCCCGGACACCCUUCCUGCCCUCCAGUGCCUCCAUGAACAUGCCCCACUCCUUCGGCUCUGCGGGUGGGCUGGCACUGGGGGACAGCCCUCCACCCACCAGCCCCAAUGACACAAAGCACCCAGUCCCCAUCCCUGUCAACUUGCACACCGAAGAGAGGUGCUGGCCCGUCCGGCCCACGCUGCGCAACGAGCUAGACACCUUCUCUGUCCACUUCUACAUCUUCUUUGGGCCCAACGUGUCAGUGCCGCCUGACCGCCCUGCUGUCUUCGUCAUCAACCUCCUGCCAGUGCUGGACAGUGGUGGGGUGCUCAACCUGGAGCUGCGGCUCAAUGUGAGCUCCCUGUGUGGUGAGAAUGUGACAGUGUUUGGGUGUCUUAACCAUGGAGUCCCACUGACAUCUGGUGACAACACCUCGGUCACCUGUGAGACAGAGUCUCUGGCAGGCUUCCUGCUCUCUGUUAAUGCCACAGCCAGCCUCAGCCGCCUGCGGAUCCCCUACCCUCAGACAGGCAGCUGGUACCUGAGCCUGCGCUCGCUCUGUGCUACGGAGCACGGGUUUGAGCCCUGCACCAACGUGACAGCUGAGGUGUACCUGCGCGCCUACCUCUCACCCUGCAUCAAUGACUGCGGCAUCUACGGCCAGUGCAAGCUGCUGCGCACCAACAACUACCUGUACGCUGCCUGCGAGUGCAAGGCUGGUUGGAACGGCUGGGGCUGCACGGACAAUGCGGAGGCUUUCUCCUACGGCUUCCAGCUCCUCUCCACACUGCUGCUGUGCCUCAGCAAUGUCAUGUUUGUGCCUCCCGUGGCCAUUGCUGUCCGCAGCCACUACCUCCUAGAAGCUGCUGUCUACAUCUUCACCAUGUUCUUCUCCACUUUUUACCAUGCCUGCGACCAGCCGGGCAUUGUGGUGUUCUGCAUCAUGGAGUAUGAUGUGCUGCAGUUUUGUGACUUCUUGGGCUCUCUCAUGUCUGUCUGGGUCACUGUCAUCGCCAUGGCCCGGCUCCAGCCCAUAGUCAAGCAGGUGCUGUACCUGCUGGGGGCCAUGCUCCUGUCCAUGGCUCUACAGAUGGACCGUCACGGGCUCUGGAACCUUCUGGGGCCCAGCCUUUUCGCUUUGGGGAUAAUGGCCGUCGCCUGGACGGCUCGCACCAUCCGUCGCCGCCACUGCUACCCUCCGACCUGGAAGCGCUGGGCUUUCUACCUGUGCCCGGGAGCGCUGAUUGCAGCGGCGGCCGUGCUGCUCUACGCCUUCGUGGAGACAGAGGAGAACUACUUCUACAUCCACAGCAUCUGGCACCUGCUCAUUGCUGGCAGCGUCGGCUUCCUGCUGCCACCCCGUGCCAAGCCCAGUCGGCGCCUGGGGCCCCUGCCCCGGCGCAAGGGAUGUGGGUACCAGCUCUGUGUCAAUGAGCAGGAGGAGCUGGGGCUCGUUGACCCCGCUGUGGCCUCCAUCAACAGUAUUUGUACCAGCUGAUGGUGACGCCAGCUCAGACUCCUCCGUCGUGGAGAGCAGCCCUGUGGGGCUUGGCACCCACUCUCUUUGCUGGCCACCCAUCUCUGGGGGUGCCAGGACUCCUCUGGACAGGCACACAGUCACCUGUGCCAACCUGUUCUUCCAAUUACAGCCUGAUUGAACUUGUC